UGUUGGCCAGAUGUAUCUGAUUACAGAAUUUUCUGAUAACAUGUUUAACUUAUUUAUUAUUUUAUUAUUUUUAUUUUAUUUUUUUGGUUCCAGAUUUGGAGAAUGCUGGCCAACUGAUGCAUCUGAUUUACAGAAUUAUAGGAUAAAAAGUUAAACUUAUUUUUAAAAAUGUAUUAUUUUAUUUCUGUUUUUGUUCCAGGUAUGGAGGAUGUAGGCCAGGUGGUGUUGGUGAUUGUUGGUUCCUGCGGCGCCAUCAUCGGUCUGGUCCUGGGCACGGUCCUGUGUAGCUGGUGCUUCAACCGCAAGAAGGACGAUGACGAGGAAGCGUUUUCCAAGAGCUACAAGCGUGUCGGCUCGGUGGACGAGGAACUGAGAGGAAACAUGCAGAAUCUCCAGAAACGCUCGCUUGACGAUUCACGCUCUUCCGUCGGAUCUUCACCCGCAUCAGUCCGAAGAGCUGGGUCUCCUGUGAAGACCCGCAAGAUGAUAAGCAACGGAGUUAUCAAUGGAUUUUUGAAAAGAUUUGAACGUCCGGAACGCAAGAUGGUUGCUGAACAUGUCCAACCGACGACAAAUUCCCAAACAUCGUUAAACCAAUCAUUAGGAAUACAGCCUCAACGGGAAUCCUAUCAAACGAUGGGGAUUACGAGGGGUUUGAGUUUGUCGAGUCAGAGUCGGUCGACGUCUGAAGACGAGGAAUCGAGUAUGUGGAAAGGUGUGCGCAGCAUUGCCAACCUGCUGAUGGACGACACAACCCAGGAAGAAGAGGACACCAUCCCCAUCGAGGGCAUCGACUACAAGCUCGGAAAGAUUCAGUUCGGAAUAUCGUACGACUUUCAGACUCUCACACUGACGCUCAAGGUGGUUCGCGCCACGGGCCUCCCUGCCAAGGACGUGACAGGCACCAGCGACCCCUACGUGAAAAUUAUGCUUCUCCCAGACAAGAAGCACAAACUUCUUACCAAAGUGAAAAAGAAAAACCUGAAUCCGCACUGGAACGAGUGUUUUAUCUUCGAAGGUUGGCCACACAACAAGCUAUUGGAGAAGACACUGUAUUUACAAGUUAUAGAUUACGACCGCUUCAGUCGCGAUGACCCGAUGGGCGAGACCUACGUACCACUUAACUCUAUCGACCUCUCCACAACAAACGUCACAUGGAAAUUGUUACAGCCUUGUAAAGAUAGCAGGGGUAAACUUGGUGAGCUCUUGCUUUCGUUGUGUUACCAGCCAAACAUUGGUCGUUUAACUAUCAUCGUCAUCAAAGCUAGAGACCUCAAAAUCAAAGACAUCACAGGAAGUUCAGAUCCCUAUGUGAAGAUCUGGCUGAUGCAAGGUGGACAGAAGAUUGAGAAGAAGAAGACCACCAUCAAGAAACGGUCUCUCAACCCAGUUUUCAAUGAAUCGUUUAUUUUUGACAUUCCAUGGGAGAAAAUGAGAGAAUCCAGUCUCGAUGUGGCGGUGAUGGACUUUGACAAACUGGGUCGCAAUGAACUUAUUGGCAAAAUCCUUCUGGGAGGUCAUAGUGGACCAAUGGAAACGCGGCACUGGAAUGACAUGGUGUCGAAACCGCGGCAACAGGUUGCACAGUGGCACUUAUUAAAAGACUGAAGAAAAAUUAUACCCAGUUGCAAAACAAAAAAACACAAACAAAAUGUAUUAUAAUGUUAUUCAGUGUGUUUGUAUACAGCUAUGGUGCAUAUCGUUGCUAUGGUAAUGCAGACCAUCAUUUGUUGAUGGCAGUUUUUUCUGCUUUCUCAUAGAAACUUAUUUCCGUGUGUCUUUAUCUUGGACAUAGAAGCAUAAAGAACAAAUAUACAGUGAUUGUGUGUAAAGCUAUUUUGUGGUUUAAAAUGAAAGCAUUGAACAAAACUCAACAUUCAGUACAACAAGCGUUUCAAAGUAAUCGGUUCGGUAUAUUCUUACCAUGACUAAAUCAUUAAUUUCCUCAUCUGCAUAUAUGACAGAACACAAGCAAAAUAAUGUGUAUUAUUUAUUAUUUUAAAGGGUUGUUCAGGUUACCUGGAGGUUACAUGAAACAAAAUCGAGAAUGGUAUUUUAUUUUCAACAAAAGCCUAGAAUAAAAAAUAUUUGAGAAAAAGUUAAUCUUUACAAAUAAAAUUUAAAACAAUUUUUUUUAAGUAGACCAGGGCUGCAUUCAGCCAGACUGAGCAGAAAAACAUCCACUAGACUGGUUUAUGCACUUCACGCUAAACCAAAUGGCCAUGUUGGGAACCAAUCAAAUCAUUCGCAAAUGUUUGCUGCAUGAACUUGGAGCUGAUUUCAUGUGUUUCUUUUCUUCUUCUUUUUUUUUUCUUCUUUUUUUUGUGGAGGGAGUUGGUGGUGUUAAUCCCUUAUUGUACCGAACCCUCCUGGGUUGGGGCCGCCUGUCAUCACAAAUACCAAUAUAAAAAACCACUGUACAUUUUACAUUCCACUACUAGUCAACACUUGUCUGUAACAUGCAUCAUUCAUUUGUAUAACGUAUAACACAACUAUCGUUUAGUUGUAGUUCUUCAUGGCUGAAUAUGUCCACCAUUCAUGUGUAGCAUACAAGUACAAGUGUCAUGUGCUUAUUUCUCGUCUUGCUAAUUUAUUUGUAAUCUGUUGUGUAUACAGAUGUACAUGUACGAUAUGAUGAGAAACAGAUUUUCAUAAUUGUAUACAAGUUAACCCUCAUUGUCAUCAUUGUACUGACUCAUGGAUGCAAGCAGCCAGCUCAGAUUUCUAGUCAUUA